AUGUAUAUCCAGGUGUUUACCAGCCUGCUGCUGACUGCCCUCCUAGGCACCAGCCUCUCAAGAUCUGUGUCCACAUCCUACCAGGGGGAUGGUGAGUUCAGCAAGCAAGCAGAGGCUGUUCCAGGACUGGACAUGACAAGGAGGAAUAGCCACGGGGUGCUCACCCAGAGGGACUUAUCGGAACACCUGUCUCAGGACCAGAAGCAUUUGAUCUCCCAGUUCCUGCCUCACCUCUUUGCAGCAGAGCUUGCUGCCAAGGAAGAUAAUUUGCAGGAGAUAGACGCUCAUUUCCCCAGCUGGAUGGACUUUGGACGCCGAAGUUCUGAAGACUGA